CCGCUUCGCCAUCACCGCACACACCCAACCGCUUUCACCGUUCCACGAAAGUUCAAGAUGGCUGCCAUCUCCGCCUCCAUGUCCCUCUCCGCGGUCGCCAAGGCCAAGACCGUGCGCGCCUCCAAGCGCACCGCGGUCAAGUGCUCCGCCGCCAAGCCCGCUUUCGUCGAGAAGGUUGAGAAGGCCGGCAAGGCCGCCCUCUCCGGCCUCGCCGCGCUCACUCUCGCUGCCGGGUCCGCCCAGGCCGUGACCUACGACGAGCUCCAGGGCCUCACCUACCUCCAGGUCAAGGGCACCGGCCUCGCCAACACCUGCCCCGUGGUUGAGACGGGCGGCUCCGGCUCGUCCAUCAAGGGCGGCGACUACGCCCUCGAGAAGUUCUGCAUGGAGCCCACCUCCUUCACCGUCAAGGAGGAGUCCGCCUUCAAGGCUGGCGAGUCCGAGUUUGUCAAGACCAAGCUCAUGACCCGCCUCACCUACACCCUCGACGGCAUGACCGGCUCGUUCAAGGUUGGCUCCGACGGCUCCGUCGCCGUGCAGGAGCGCGACGGCCUGGACUACGCCCCCGUCACCGUCCAGCUUCCCGGCGGCGAGCGCGUCCCCUUCCUCUUCACCCUCAAGGAGUUCACCGGCAAGGGUAACACCUCCCAGUUCGGCGGUGACUUUGUCGUGCCCUCCUACCGCGGCUCCUCCUUCCUCGACCCCAAGGGCCGCGGCGGUUCCACCGGUUACGACAACGCCGUCGCCCUCCCCGCCAAGUCCGACGCCGACGAGCUCCUCAAGGAGAACAACAAGAACGUCGCCGCCCUCAAGGGCUCCGCCGUGUUCAACGUGGCCAAGUACGACGAGGUCACCGGAGAGAUUGCGGGUGUGUUCGAGUCCAUCCAGCCCUCCGACACCGACCUCGGCUCCAAGGCUCCCAAGGACGUGAAGAUCACCGGUCUCUGGUACGCCCAGCUCGCGAAGUAAGCGCCCCGACCGUCACGGACGUCGAGACGAACUUACUUUAGAGCGAGAGGUAAUAUCAUUUUGUGACUUUGGCGCGGGAGAGUUUGCGGGUUCAUCGCCGCGGAUGCACAGGACGUAGCCACGUGUGUCUAGAGUUGUGGGUGAAUCGGAAAUAUCUACAGAGAAAAUCUUCCUAAAC